UCCGCGGCUGCUUCUUUGCUCGGAACCUCCAACCGCCGGUUUCUUGCGCGCUAGCCGCUGCUUCCGACCGGCGCCUUUUGCCCGGAGCACGGAAGGGGCGGGCCAUGGAGGCUUAUUACAUGGAGCUGGUGGCCGUACUGAAGCGCGGGCUGCAGCAGGUCACCGGCCACGGUGGCCUGCGGGGCCUCCUGAAGGUUUUCUUCAGGGCAAAUGAUAUACGGCUCGGUACCUUGGUGGGAGAGGACAAGUAUGGAAACAAAUACUAUGAGGACAAUAAGCAAUUUUUUGGCCGUCACCGAUGGGUCAUAUACACCACUGAAAUGAACGGCAAAAACACGUUCUGGGAUAUGGAUGGAAGCAUGGUGCCUCCUGAAUGGCACCGUUGGCUUCACUGCAUGACUGACGACCCUCCCACAACGCAACCGCCUACUGCUCGCAAGUUCAUCUGGGCAAACCACAAACUCAACAUGUCUGGCACUCCAGAGCAGUACGUUCCUUAUUCCACCACGAGAAAGAAGAUUCAUGAGUGGGUCCCACCUUCGACACCUUACAAGUGACAGCAGUGAAGACCAGAUCCAGCACGUACAGGAUGGUACAGGAUCUUUCUUGAAUUCACACUUGUAUAGCUGAUCAUGAACUUGAUUAAAGUUGCUUGACCAAGCAG